AUGGACGUUGCCCCCGGCGAAGACCCUCCAGCAGACCCCUCCGGCAUGUAUUACCGCAGAAAAAGGAAGCGUUCCGACCCCAUCAAUAAUCUUUCACUUACUGGAAAUAGGGUUCACAGUUGGGGAUGUGGCAGUGUUACUGAGGAGUGGGAUCGCUUGUAUGCUCAGAGGGUCCAAUUAUUGACUUUCCUUUCGACUCUGCCCGAACCUGCUCUGAGUUAUGGGCCGAGUGCUGGAACUAAUAUGGCCAAUUCUAUCGAGCAAAGAGAAGAGAAAAAGAGUGUAAUAGUUCUUGAUUCAGAUGAUGAAGAUGAAAGCACAGGAGCACACGAACAACUGACGCCUGAGAAAAACAAACAACUCACACCUGAGAAAAAUAAACAGCUGAUACCAUCAGAACAGGCUGGUGCUCUCAUGAGGGUGGUAACCGAGGGAAUUGAUGAAGUAAUAAAUGAGACAAUGCCUGUUAGAGACCAAAACAGUCAAAUUGUUCCAUAUAGUCCAAGUGCAACUUUAGUGAAUCAGUAUCCUGUUACCAGCUAUCAACCAUCAGCAGUUCUGUUUGAGAGAGUUAUAUUGCAGAAAAGACCUGAGGAGGAACGUAUCCAUGAUCUGGCUGUUGCUACCCAUAAGGAGAAAAUAGCAGAAACACAAGUUCUCCCUCCACUGCCUAAGGAGAGAAAAAAACGAAAAGUUGAUCCAAGCUCCCAGGUAGAUGGGGAUGUUGAAAUUGUGCCAAGAAAAAGAAAAACAAAAAAUGAAGCAAAUCCAGCAGUAUUUGAUUUGCCCUCAGAACCUUACAAUCCUGUGGGGGAAGACGAGCCUGUGGAGGAAGAUGAGCCUAUGGGGGAAGAUGAACCUAUGGAGGAAGAGCAUAUACAAGAACAGGAAAGUGAUGGUCUUGAAGAAUUUUGGAAUGAGUACUCGGUGGCACUUGAAAGCUCUAAGCUCGACACACUUGAAGAGGCAGCCAAUGAGAAAGAAGUGGAUGAGAAAGAGGUGGACAACGCCUGCAAUCAUGAUAUACAGAUUCAUGAAGAUCUGGGCCAUGUAUGCCGUGUCUGCGGUUUGAUUGUGAAAAGGGCUGACACAAUCAUUGAUUAUCAGUGGAGAAAGGCAUCAAGGUCAAGAUCAUAUUUCUCUGAAAAGCGUUCAAAGGAUUCUGACGAGAUUGUCACUGGUGAUGUUAGAGUCGCUGAAGAACUCAAUGCUUUAGACAUUGCUAUUCAUCCAAGACAUGAAAAGCAAAUGAGACCACAUCAGUUGGCAGGUUUCCACUUUCUGGUCAAGAAUUUGGUCUCUGACAAACCAGGAGGUUGCAUUCUAGCUCAUGCGCCUGGUUCGGGGAAAACAUUUAUGCUAAUCAGUUUUAUUCAGAGCUUCUUGGCCAAAUAUCCCUCUGGAAGGCCUCUCGUUGUACUCCCUAAAGGUAUAUUAGGUACAUGGAAAAGGGAAUUUCAACAGUGGCAAGUGGAGGACAUACCACUGUAUGAUUUGUAUUCUGUCAAGACCAGAGCAGAGCAGUUGGAAAUCCUUAAGUCUUGGGAAGCCAAAAGGAGUAUCCUCUUGGUGGGCUACACUCAGUUCUCUUGGAUCAUUAGCAGUGACGAGGGUGGCGCCGUUGCAGCUGGAUGCCAGGAGAGGUUGCUUAAGGUCCCGAACCUACUUAUAAUGGAUGAGGGCCAUUUACCUAGGACUGAGUCAACUAAUGUGCUAGAAUCACUGCAGAGAGUACAAACUCCACGUAAGGUGGUCCUAUCUGGUACACUUUUCCAGAAUCAUGUCUCAGAAGUGUUCAACAUUGUAAACCUUGUACGCCCAAAGUUUCUCAAGAAGGAUUCAUCUCGUCCUAUCGUUGCUCGUAUAAUGAGUCAAGUGUCAAUAUCAGGUCGCAGGAUUUCAAAAGAAGACACUGAUAAAUUCAAUGAGUCGGUAGAAGAGACCCUGCUGCAUGAUGGUGACUUCACGAGAAAAGUAAAUGUCAUUAGAAGUCUCAGAGAACUAACAAAAGACGUGCUUCACUACUACAAGGGUGAUAUCUUGGAUGACCUACCUGGCCUUGUAGACUUCAGUGUCUUCUUGAAACUCAGUCCUAAGCAGAAAGAAAUCGUUCACAAGUUGGAAGCCUAUGAGAAGUUCAAAAAAAAUGCAGUAGGAACCGCCCUGUACAUGCAUCCAUGUCUGUCUGAAAUGUCAGAAGUUGCAGCGGCAGACAGGGCUUCCAACUUGACGGAUGCAGCUGUUGAUAGUCUGGUCCAGUCUAUCAACGUGGCCGACGGUGUGAAGGCCAGAUUUUUCACCAAUAUCCUGGCACUUGCGGAAUCUGCAGGAGAGAAGGUCCUUGCUUUCAGUCAGUACCUACUUCCCAUGAAAUUUUUGGAAAGGCUACUGGUUAAGACAAGGGGCUGGCAUGUAGGAAAGGAGAUGUUUGUGAUCCGUGGUGAUAGUAAAUGUACUAUGGAAGAAAGAGAACUGACAGUGGCUCAGUUUAACAACUCUGCUGAUGCAAAAGUCCUGUUUGGCUCUAUCAAGGCAUGUGGGGAGGGCAUCUCCCUGGUGGGCGCAUCGAGAGUGGUCAUUCUAGAUGUUCACUUGAACCCCUCCGUUACCCGUCAGGCAAUCGGGCGGGCAUUCAGGCCUGGACAGCAGAAGAAAGUGUUUGUCUACAGGCUCGUAGCAGCUGACUCUCCGGAGGAGAACACCCAUAAAACUGCGGUCAAGAAGGAGGUGAUACCGAAGCUGUGGUUUGAAUGGAGUGAGCAGCGCUGCACGUCGGAGGGCUUCCAGCUGAACGAAAUCGACAUCGACGACUGCGGGGACGAGCUGCUGGACAACAGGGCAAUGCGCCAGGACAUCAAGGCCUUGUACGCAAGGUGAAGGCAGGCUGGCUGUUGUACAUACACCGUGUACAUAUGGCUUGCCGAUCGUUGGAGUUUUUCAUUGCUGCUCUGGGAGGUGUCGCGGCAUAACAGUGUUGAUCCAUCUAUCUACUUGUUUUUGGCAUAACAGUGUUCAUCUAUCUAUGUGAUUAUGUGAUUGAUUUGUCGAUCUUGAAAGAGGUGUCAGUGGGAUGGCGCUUUGAUGUGGCU